AAAAGGCAAGGGCGGUGAUAUAACGACCGUACGCUGCCAGACAUUAGAUGCAAACGGACUGUCGCGAAGUGAGGAUGUCCAACCGUCGGUCGUCGAUGCGUCUAAGCAGCACCGCAACCAGCAGCAGCAGCAGCAGCAUUAGCAGCAUUAGCAGCUACACCAGCACGGCACAAUAAAUUCUCGUCGCUUUACGGUCGCGGUGUGGUGUGUGGUGUGUAUGCGCGCGCGCGUAUAUGUUACUUCUUCGCACGCCGUUUUGGGGGAAGCGCAACACACGCACAGCUCGCGCGUCGCGCUGCCCUUGUCGUAGGCUGGGCCGUAGAGAGUGGCCGGCCGGAGUGAGCAGUCAGUCUGUCAGCCAGUUUCCUGCGGGCCGGUUCGUUACGUGUACGCGCGCACGGUCGCGGGUGUUGUUGCAUGAGCUUGCCUGACCAAAGAGUCCAGCGCAGCGCGAAAGGAUACAUACGCUCUGUGUUUGUGAAGUGAAGAUGCAAAGGAAGAAGCUGCAAGAAGGCAAAGCAAACUGUUGAACAGUGAACACAAGAAAAAAAAGAAGAAAGUUGCAGAAAAGAGGAACAAGAAAUACAAAACAAAAAACAUGUAAACAAUAAUUGUGCAAGUGAAGCAAGUAAACAGUAGAGGAAAACACCUGACAAAGGAAGAACGAAUAAAUAGAGCGGAAUAGCAGCGGUGAAACACAACAAAUCAAAACACCACCCGGGAAUGUUUGCAAUAAACAACUAAAUCAAAAUUAUUUAGAAUCUUAUUUUGUAAGAAGCUGUGUAUCGUAAAAAAAUUAAGUGCAUAAAGUGUACAAGUGUUUAAUAGACUGUCGAAAAAGAUAAGAAAAAAUUGUCUGAUUUUAAAUAUUUUUUGUGUGAACUGUUUGAAAUGUGUGACCGUGAGUGAAGUCAAAACAAACCAGCAGUACAGCAGUGUCGGUGUGCUGCUUCUUUAAACGACCGCGAAAACAUUAUGAUAAUGUUGUGAAUCAGCCGGUGAAAGCACCGGGCCAAACAGAACGAGGAUAACAAGGAAGCAGUUUUGGUGAAUGGACCAGUCGUCAGCCACCGGUACGCGCCACCUCGUUUAUUCUCGCGGGCGCGCGCUUUGUACUUUACAGGCGUAUUUUACACUCGCGCCGUGCUUUCUGCCGCAAACCGCUGCGCCAGUGACAGCGAGACAGACACCGUUCAACAGGGAAGGCGACGAUAAAAAGGAGGAGAAAAAAAGGAUCCACAACAAACUCGCGCCCUUUCUUGUCCUUUCCUCCGUUGAAGGAUCGGUGUUUGAUGGUGUUUUCUAAAAAAAAAAGAAAUUGGUGAAUUACUUUGUUUGUCUUCCUGCGUGCAAUUCGUUUGCGAAGGAAAAGGAGUAUGCUAAUUAAUGAAUGAGUGCGAACUGAGAAUAAUCCAAUUCGUUCGUUCGUCAAAGACAAAAACAGGUGCAACAAGGAAUCAUUCGCUGUUGGAGUGUACGUUUUAAAACAACAGGAAACGUGUGGAAAAAAGCAAAAACAAAACAGUACUGAAUGUGUGCAAGUGAGUGUACGUGUGCAAAGUGGAAAGCUACAUGAAAGUUAAAAGGGCAAUUUUUGAAUUCCCUCCAAAAAAGCUCUGCUAGAUGAGUGCAAAAUAGUAAUAAUAAUAAAGAAAAGUUUGUUCAUGAUUUACGGUGAAGAAACUGAGCGUACAAACAACAGCAGUGCAUCUCGAAAGUGUAUCAGUGUUUGGUGUAACACGAUUAACAGUGCGUCAAAACGGGCCUGCCGGCCUUUGCUGGAAUCGACCGCCCAACACCCGACAUCACGAUCUCCAAAAUGAGAAUCAAAAUGCCAGCAGUUCGAAUCGCACAAGAUUCCGAAGCGGGAGAAUCGGACGGCACCACGCAGGACAUCCUUACAUGCGGGUCGUGCCAGAAAACGUUCGCCCUCUCCGACAUCGUGCGCUUCAUCCAGCACAAAGUGUUCCAGUGCAACAAGGAAAACUAUGGCCAGUGCUUCACGCAAGCGGGCGGCGGUACCGAUCGUGACUCGGACGACGGCCGGCGAUUGCUGCUGACGGGCAACACGAGCAGCAUCGCGACGAGACGUGCCUCCAUGCCGAACGUGUCCUGCCGGGCGGGGAAGCAGACCAUCACCACCGCCAGCGCGACGUACGACGACCGGGUCCACACACCGCCCCCGACCAGCCCGGCCGAGCUGCUGCGGGACGGUGCCUCCAGCACACCGAAACACCCAGGCGAUGAACCAGAGAACGCGUCCACCCAUUGCCCGUCGCGGGGAGCGAGCCCGCUCGGCUGCACCCUCGACGACGACCACCGCGACCAGAAACCGUCCGUCCGUGCGAUCGAAAUCAAGCAGGAGCGCAUGGACAUCGAUCCGGCGUCGUGCGGCGAGGAGGAGUUCGUCAGCGUCCGGAAGCAACAGCCCCAGACGGUCGCCACCGCCCACCGGAACGGCUCGCAUGAUGCGUCCGAGUCGCCGAACCAUACCGAACCAAGCAACUACGUCUGCUCCACGUGCAAAACGAAGUACCAUUCGGCCUGGCGGUUGGUCCAGCACGUCCAGCACGCGCACGGUGUGAAGAUUUACGUCGAAUCGUUGGCGAGCACGGGCAGCCAGGACGGGGAUGGCGCCGCACCGACCGAAGAAUCGGACGCACCGGAAUCGGCCGCCGCAUCGGAGGCGGCUAACAAUGGCCCAUCGACCGGGGAAGCCGUUCCGGCGGCACAGAAGCGAACGGACGAGCAGCCGGCACGAGCCCGCACGCCACGGUCCCGCUCUGCCAGCCGCAGUCCGAAAGCCGUAUCCAUCGAGCGGGAGCAACCGAUCCGUUCGCCGGCGCCGAAAGACCGGAGCAAUGGGCUGGAGGUGGCCUCGAAAGCGGCCAGUGAAAAUGGCAGAUCCGGCGAGUCGGACGAUGAGCUGGAGGUGCGCACGAAGCGACCGAAGCUGACCAGCAGCAGUUCGAACGGAAGCCACGCCACGGUCAACCACACCGAGGAGGUAGCGCUGGCCCUUACCAGCCCGCAGCCACUCACUCAGACCGCCGCGACGACCACGACCCAGCAGCGACAAUCGAGCACACCGCAGCCGCUGACCGUCUCCUCGGUUCAGUCACCGUCCCGGCCGCAACAUUCGCCUCCCGCGGGCAGCGAGACCAUCGCAGCGCCCUCCCUAGCACCGGCACGCAGCGAAUCCACCCAGAGCCUUCCGCCGCCGUCGCUGCGGCCGCACCAUUCGCUGCUGCCGCCGCCCGAGCUGCACCAGAACCCGUUCGGGCUGCUGCGCAUGCCACCGCACCACCCGCACAGCCCGCUGUUCGGCCGCACGCAUCACGACUUCCGCAUGGAGCACCUGAUGUCGGAACAGUUCCGCAGCCACGGGCUCAACCUGGCGGCGGCUGCCGUUGCCGCCGCGAACCAGCUCAAAUCGCACGGCCAGCAGUUCAAUCCGGCGACCGGCGCGACCGCAUCCGAGCGGCCGCCGUCCGCCGGUGCGGCCACCUCCGCCCUUACCCUGACACCCGGCGGAGGCGGAGCCGGUGUUGUUGGCGGGCUCGAGCCACACAUGGACUACUACUCGCAGCGCUUGCGGCAGCUCGCCGGCACGACCAGCCCCGGGGCGAACCUAACGUCCGCCUCGUCCAACUCACCCAGCCCGCGCAAGCAGCCCCACUCGCCCUCACACUUUGCCAGCCCGUCGCCCUCCCAUCAGCUGCCACCGACACCGCUGACGAACAAUUCGCGCCCGCAAAGUCUCACCCCGCCCGAGAAGCACACCGAGCAGCUGCUGGGGCUGGACGCGGGCAGCAUCAGCAAUACGCCCCGCUCGGCCUCGACCCCGCCCAACAAGCAGUCGGGCCAGUCCGCCUCGGACAGUGCGCUGUACUCGUGCGAGUACUGCGGCAAGAAGUUCCGGUUCCAGAGCAAUCUGCUGGUGCACCGGCGCACGCACACGGCCGAGCUGCCGUACAAGUGCGCCAGCUGUGAGUUCGCCUGCGGCCAGGCGGCGAAGCUGAAGCAGCACAUGAAGCUGGUGCACGGCCGGCGGCGGACGUCCGUGGCGGCCAUGUCGGAACCGGACUCGGGCACCAGCAACGUCGACUCGAUCGAGAGCGACCCGGACGAUACGGACCACGAGCUGAUGGAUGCGGACGAGCUGGACGCGGACGGUGAGGCCGAUCGGCGUACGGCGCACGGGGACGACGAGCACGCGGACGGUGAGGACGACGAGGAGGACGAGGACGAGGACGAGGACGAGGAGGACGACGAGGCGGAAGAUUUGAGCAUGAGCAGCACGCAGAGCCAGUCGAAGAAGGACGGGUCGGGCGGUUCGAUGUCGAUGUCGACCUCGCUCGUGGGGGAGCUGAUGGACAAGUUCGGCCUGUCCAACAUUGCGCAGUACUCGGAGGCGUACAAGCAGGCGCUGCAGGAGUCGGGCAAUGCGCUGAAGCUGCAGCUGACGAGCAAGGACCGGGACAACAACAACAGCGCGAUGGCCAUCCCCGGGCUGGCGGAGAAGCUGAACGGGCUGCCGGCGGCACUGCGCAUCAAGGAGGAGCUGGCGAAGAACAUGCUGCAGCACCAUAACGCGCAGCUGCCCCAGGUCCCGCUGUUCAACCCGUUCGAGAACCCGUUCGAGGCGUCCAAGCGCAUGAAGCUCGAGGGCAGCGACAGCUGGUGGGGCCUGCCCGGGAUGCACCGGGGCGACGCGCUGUUCGAGAACCUGAAGCCGGGCCGGGACGGGGGCCGCGGACCGGCCGCCGGCCUGCUGCAGCCGAUGAUGAAGAAGGAGAGCAAGCUGCGCAACGACACGUGCGAGUUCUGCGGCAAGGUGUUCAAGAACUGCUCCAACCUGACGGUGCACCGGCGCAGCCACACGGGCGAGAAGCCGUACAAGUGCGAGCUGUGCUCGUACGCGUGCGCCCAAAGCUCGAAGCUGACGCGCCACAUGAAGACGCACGGCCGGCUCGGCAAGGACGUGUACCGGUGCCGGUUCUGCGAGAUGCCGUUCAGCGUACCGUCCACGCUCGAGAAGCACAUGCGCAAGUGCGUGGUCAACCAGGGCAAGCUGCAGCAGCAGCAGCAGCGCGAGCUGCAGCAACUGCAACAGCGCGAGCUGCAGCACCAUCAGCAGCUGGCCGCCCAGCAGCAGCAGCAGCAGCAGCAACUAGCCGCCCAGCAGAUGGCGCUCGCUGCCCAUCGCGACCGGGGUGACCAUCAUCGGGAGCGGAGCCGGGAGCGGGACCAUCACCACCACCACCACCACGCGGCCCAAACGCUGGCAGCCGCUGCAGCCGCUUCCCCCGUCCCCGGGGCGCCUCAGUUGCCGCCGGGGCUGCUUCUGCCGCCACUGCCAGCCGCCGUGGCGGCAGCGGCCGCUGCCGCAGCCGCCUCCUCCGGUGUGUCGCCCACGGACGACAGUGCAUCCAGCUCACCGUCCGGUUCGUCGUCGUCGUCGUCGGCCGCCGCAGCUGCUGCAGCAGCCGCCGCAGCAGCCGCCGCCGCCGCACUGAUGAAGGAGGAAGCGGCAACGGCAUGACUUUACCCGCCCUGGAGUGGGUACGAGCUGCCGCCCAGUCGGAUGAUGUCCCGGAUCUACUAGCCGCCGGUUCGCGGGCCGCCCGCCCGCACCCACGGAGACGAGCGGCGGGGACCGACCGGUCACGGCAUGCCGCCGGCGGCCUACCUGCCCCGCAUGCCCUGACCCGUUCGUCCCUCGGUGUAGGGACAAACACUGGCGACGUAGAAUAAGCACAAGGUGAUCGAUUACACAGUAAGCGGUAAAACAAACAAACACAAUUACUCCCUUGCAACCUGUCCCCACCCCCCUUUUGCAUUCCCAAUUUUUGUUUUUUUGUCUAGAGGCAUUGAAUACCAAAGUUACAGUACUUUUUUUAAUAUAGCGGAAUAAAGGCCGCCCGAUGAUAGGUUUGGGGUGGGGAGGCGACCUCCUCCUCACAGCCCGUUCUCCUCUUUAAGUUUAAGAACACUUCCUUCUCCGAUAUAUUGUACAUAUUAGCCGUAAUUUCGCCGUGUUUAUUCCGGAUCGUAAAGAAAAGACACAAUUAUAAGCAUAGUAACAGGCAUUUAGAGGGCAAUAGACGGGUGGAGGGGGGAGGGAGCGUCCCACCCCGUUUGCCUUCGUUUUUAUCCACACCUUACGCUAGGCGAGACGCACGUGGUUUAAGUUUAAAUUAUUUUUUCCCUCGUUUGUGGUGGAAGUAGGCGACGAACCGGAGAGUCCCGGCCAGUGCUGCCAGACGCUUCCGCACAGUGUACAGUGUACUUUUAAGACGAAGCGUGUAUGUAUGUGCAUGUGUGUGGCUGUGUGUGUGAUGCGUGAAAUCACAAUUGUAAUAAGUUGGCAACACACACGCACACACGCACGCACACACUAUACCGUAAUAAGGACAAAUAAAGGCGAAACAUCGUUUAAAACUAGCAAGAAAGGAAGUAGUCGUGGUUUAAGUAGUGUUAAUUUAAAACAUAUGAAUACAAUCACACACACACACAUACAACAACAACACACCCUCUCGUACACAUAUACUUACACACAUCUUGGAGUGUCAGAGAGAAAAUGGGAAUGUUAGUUAAUUUGAUUGAUUCCGAAGGUUUUUGAUUUGUUCAGGUGUAUGUGUGUGUACGAACAAGCAUAGGCAAUGGAUGUUGGCCAGUAGUAACUUAGCAUCUCUCUUUACUUGGCAAACUUUAUUUUUAUCGGCGGAGGAAAAUGUUGUUUUGUUGCACGGUGUUUUAGGCUAAUUGUAUCGUUUCAACCCAUGUGGUGUCAUUCGUUUGCCUUAAUUAUCUCUCUCUCUCUCUCUCUCUCUAGCGUUGCCUUUUCUUUUUUUGUUUCGAUGUUUCAUGUUUUCUUAUCCUUUGUUGAUCUUCAAUUUUUUGCCUUUUGAAUGAAAGUGUUAGGAAUGUGUAAUUUGUUUUGAUACCAUCUCUAAGACACUCGUGUUUUACCUUCUUCUACUUGCCUUUUAUUACCUUUUAUCGUGUGGGUCGGGUGGUUUUUGGGUAGCAAAUCCAUUAAUGCGAAAAUUGUACCAUAUAGAUUAAAAAAAAAACAAAGCCGACCAAACCCUGCCCACCCUCCAUUACGUUCCAACGCACGCCAACACGAUGCAACAACGCUGUUUUUUCCUAUUGUUUCCUUCUUACAGUUACGUUAAGACUGAUAAAAAAAUGAUAAAAUACUGUUUUGGGAGAAUUUGGUAUAUUGUUUCACGAGUGUAUUCGUUUACUUUAUUGUACUUAUUUUUUGAGGUUAUAUUAAAGAAAACUAACAAACACUCACACACACACGCACGUGGUAGUAUCUUCCAACAAAAA